AUGGAUCUGAUGGAGAUCGAUGACAGCAUACAUAUGAAGAGGAACCUCACCACGGAGGGUCUUGUGACUAAAGUUGAUUUUCAGAGAAGAAACCCUCCUUCCAGAUGUGUCUCCGUGGGACUUGGAUUACUGUGCGCUGUCCUGUUGGCUGGAAACGUAGGACAAUUUCUCUACUAUCACAUAUUCAGCCAUAUCAAGUCAGCAGACAUGAUGCAGGCUAGUUACAACACUGGAGCAGAUCAGCUGCAGGGAACCUCUAAUGCUUCAGCUGCAGAGAGAAAACUGUUUGAGGCCACAUUGAGUAACUUGACAAAAGAAAAAGAUCAGUUGCACACAAUCUAUCAUGAACUUCAAAGAGGAAAGGAAGAGUUGCAGACACAGUUUAACACGAUGAAGACAAAAGCGGAUGAGUUGCAGAGGAGUUACUCUUCACUGAAUAGUGACAAGGACCAGUUGCAAAAAAGCUACUCAAAUCUGACCCAGAGCAAAAACCUACUUCAGAACAGAUACCAAUCACUGUCCACCGACAAAGAAGCAUUGCAAGGUCGUUAUAAUACUCUGCAGAGGGAGAAAGAGCAGCUUAGGAGUGAUUACAGAAAUCUUGCAACUGUUAAUGAUCAGCUACAGAAGAGCAUGGGAAAAGUUCAAGGUGACUUGAUUAAAGAGAAAGACCGGCUGCAGCAAAGUUACAACACCCUAACACAAGAGAAGAAUCAGCUACAAACAAACUACAAUGACAUACAGACACACAAAGAAACAUUGCAAGUCAGUUAUAAUACUCUGCAGAGGGAGAAAGAUCAGCUACAGACCAAUUACAGGAGUUUAUCAGCAGUUAAAGAUCAGCUAGAGAAGAAGAUCAGUAAAGUCAAAGAAAGGCCCUGUCAGUCAAGGUGGACAAAGUUUGGUGACAACUGUUACUAUUUAACAGCUGAAAAGAGAAACUGGACCUCAAGCAGAGACUACUGCAACACCGAAGGAGCUGAUCUGGUCAUCAUAAACAGCAGGGAUGAACAGGUAUUUGUCAAUGGGUUGCUGGGAUCGGGCGAAGAUACCUGGAUUGGUCUGACUGACAGCGUUACAGAGGGGACCUGGAGGUGGGUGGAUGGGACCCUUGUCACCACGACGUUCUGGGGUGUGGGGCAGCCUAACAACUAUCAGGAGAGGGACCAGGACUGUGUAGAAUUUUGGCAGUCAGCAACAGGGGGAAGCUGGAACGAUGAAAUUUGUUCGGCUACUAAUGUCUGCGUCUGUGAAAAAUAAGAACCAAGUAACUUACAGUUAAUGAUUGUGUGAACAUAUAGCUUGUUGAUCUUUGACCUGGUAAUUUUUUGAAUUUGUUCAUCGUCAACAAAUCAAAUUGAAAAGACUAAAACCAAAAAUGUAUUGUUCUCUGUCUUCUGUCUUUACUUGCGUAAUCUUGGUAACACAAACUGUAGUUUAAAAACAGAUUUUGCAAUCAAUG